CGCGAAAGGAAAGGGCUGAUCUCACGUUACAUCUAUUUACUGUACGAUCCUGGCAAUCAAAUAUAAAGGCAUGAUGAUACAGGAGUGAAGCAUCUAUUCUCAGCUAAGUGUUAGGUUCGAUUAAGUAUGCUGGAGGAGGGUAAUGGAGAAGUGGAGGAGUCUGGAGGAGAAGGGCUUCAGGCAGAGGUGGAGAGGCUGACUGCAGAGCUGCAGGAGACCAAUGAGGAGAAGCUACAGGCUGCGCGGUACGGCCUGGCUGUGCUGGAGGAGAGUGCUGCGCUGAAGACCAAACACUGCCAGCUGGAGGAAGAGCACGAAGCUCUUAAACUCGAACUGCAACAGCUCAGAGAGGCUCUGGCAGACUCUGUGAGCAGUCAUAAGCGGGCAGCGGAAGAUGGGGAAAGUCGAGAGGAGUGUCUCCUGCAAGAGACUGGCAUUAAAGAGGCGGCCAUGACGUUUCGCAUGAAUGAAUUGCAGGCGGAGCUUAACCAGGUCCGUGUCAUGCUGGCCAAUACCACAGCUGAAAAUGACAGACUGGCAGGGCUCUGCACCCAGCUAAAGAAGGAGUGUAAGUGUUUGGAAGUGGAUAGAACCCAUAUGAGAGAUGAGAUGAAGGAGUACAAGACUCGAGAGGUGCAACAGCUUCAAGAUAACAGUGAGCUGGAGGAGGAGAACAUCUUUCUGCAGAAACAAGUGUCUGUGCUUAAAGAGAACCAGGUGGAGUUUGAGUCCAUAAAGCUGGAGUUGACUCAUAAAGAUGAGGAUCUGGAGCUGAUGAGCAUGCAGCAGGAGGAGGCCGGACAGCUUAGGGAGAUCGCAGAGCGGCAGCUGGACGAGGCCCUGGAGGCCCUGAAAGAGGAGAGAGAGCAGAAGAGCAGUCUUAGACGAGAGCUUGCUGCUUUAAACCUCAACACGUUUGAGACUAUUGGUCACCUUGAGCUACAGUUGGACGACAGCCAUAAUGGAGAGAAGGAUAAAGUGGAAGGAGAUGAGGAGGAGGAGGAGAUUGACAAUGGUUAUAAUAACUCCAAAGGAAUGGAGAAGCACAGGUGCUCCACACCCAGAAACAGUGAUGUGUUCCUCAGACCGCAGGCUCCUGGACUGGUCACCGACCUGCUGAGUGAGCUGCACCUGUCGGACAGUCAGAAACUGCUGCAGGUGGAAAGAGAGAAUGCCACACUGACCAGUAAAGUGCUGGAGCUUCAGCAGCAGUUAGUCCAAUCUAAAGAUGCUUUCAGUGAGCAACAGGUAAAGAUGGAUCAUCUCAACCAAUGUUUGGAGAGCCUUCAGUCGCCAGUAUCGAGGCCUGGCGUACAAGGGGACGGAAUAAGCCCGGCUCCCAGGUCCCUUCAAGUGGCUGAAAAUGGCAUCAACUACUACAAGGUGGAUUUGAAAAAAACGGAAGUACUGGAGUGUCACAUGCAAUCGACAAAUGAAGAGCUUGCACGUCUACGUGAGGAGCUGAAGGAGGCUGGUAAGCACUCCAAGGCCUUAGAGGCGCGCUGCAAGCAAGAGAAAGAACACUGGAGGUUUGAGGCGCAGGAACUCGCCAAUAAAAUUCGACAGUGCAUCACUGCCAGCCGACGGGACCAGGAACGGAUAGGACAGUUAGAGCGGGAAAUUGGUGCCACGCGACAGGUCGCCACCGACUUUGAGGGUCACCUAAGUGCUGUGCAGGAGGAGCUUUUAGCACUCUCUGAGGAGCUGGCCAAUCUCUACCAUCACGUGUGUGUUUGUAACAACCUCACACCCAGUCGCGUGACGCUCGAUUACUAUUGUGAAGAAGCACAGGCAUGGAGAACGCACAACCAUUCGCAGCCACGCCACCAUAACGGAUCCCUCCGGAGGCACAAGCAUUCAGGGGAGGUGUUUGUGAAAGGAACCUACACUGGAGCGCUGGAGACAAGUAGCGGAGGGUGUGGAGACAUGUCCUCUAGCUAUGGAAGUUGUCCAGGGUCUCCUACGCUAGACUUCAGAGACCCAACCAAUGUGCGCAGUCUGGUAGCUAUCAUACGUUGCCAGAUUAAACAUUUACAGGUGGCAGUGGACCUGUGCAGACAGCGCAACCUAUUGCCCUGCUCAUCAGUAGAAGGCAGCAAGGAGUCAGAACACGAUGCAGAAGCACUGCUCGAGGAUGUGUUAAAACACAAGUCCCUCUUGAGCACCAAGCGAGAGCAGAUAGCCACCCUCAGAACUGUCUUAAAAGCCAACAAACAGACGGCCGAGUUGGCUUUGACCAACCUGAAGACAAAGUUUGAGGCUGAGAAGAGCAUGGUGUCUGAGGCUGUACUGAAGCUGAGAAAUGAAAUGGAGACCCUGAAGGAGGAUGCAGCCACCUUCUCUUCCCUACGGGUCAUGUUUGCAAGCAGAUGGGACCAGUACAUAACACAGUUAGAUGAGAUGCAGAGACAGCUUGCAGCAGCUGAGGAUGAGAAAAAGACACUCAACUCUCUCCUCCGCAUGGCCAUUCAGCAGAAGCUGGCACUGACACAGCGGUUGAAAGUUCUAGAGGCUCCUUUUUCCUCUGUCAGAUAUGGUAGCAGUCCUUGCCACUCCCAGACCAAGCACCUAACCAAAUCAGGCCGUGCCCCACGGAGCUCCUUGAGAAGCAGUCCACCUUCCAGUCCGGUGCUAGUGCCUACUGGUCCCCAGAACAUUAGUGGCCACAUGAGGGCACUGUCCCUUAGCCUUCACUGCAGCCCUAGAUAAAAACAACUUCUUUACUCCCUCUAUGCUCCAAUAUAUUUAUGUGGACCUCAUGAACACCCUUACCCUGCUGACCUGCCCCAUCAUCCUCCUCAUCACAGACCACACCUCAUUGGGCCUCUCUUCAUCUCUCUGGUGCCUCUCCCUCACCUGUUUUCUUUUGGUUAUUUUUUUGUUUUGUAAGUGUUGUUCAGCUUUAAGGAGCUGAAAGCUGAACACUUUCAUGUCAUGUCAUAGUGACAUAUUGUGAGACCUUUCUUUCAGUUAGUCAUGGACAUUUGUACCACUUCAAACUUGUCGAGAUCAGUAUUGUUUUAAAUCUGACUGGCUUUGACUGACCAUGCUUUGUUUUUUCCCAAAGAUUUGGCUUAAGCAACUUUUUUGUAGCUAUCAUGGAAGGCAUUCCUCAGGUAUAACUGACCAGUUCUGUUUGUUGUUUUUGUUUACAUUUCUAUGCAAUUUACAGCAGCAUGCUCAUAUUGGCCCCAAUUAACUCAUUCAAACCUCAUCAAACGCUGAUAUUUUCCUCUCCUGUUUUUUUGAAUGAUAUAGUAGUAGUUGCCAAGGCCUUUUUGAAGCGGUCAACAAUAAGCACAUAUAACCAGAACAAUCAUCUAUGCAGAAUUUAAAACGAUACACUGCUAAUUAUCUCAUGCAAAAAAAUCUAAUUACCGAACUGCCAGUUUUGCUGCAUACAACACAGGUUAACGAACAGCACUUUUAAGAUUAUUAUGAGUAUUUGUUAGCACUUUACAAUAUGGUUAAAUUUGUUAACAUGAACUAACAAUGGACAAUUCAUUUACAGCAUUUGUUCAUCUUGAUUAGUGUUAAUUUCAACAUAUACUAAAAAAAAAAAUUUAAGUUGUAUAUUAGCAUUAGUUAAGUUCAGCGGUAUGAACUAACAAUGAACAAUUGUAUUUUAUUUAUUAUGAUUAAUAAUGCUGUAAAAAAUAUAUUAUUAAUUGUUAGUUCAUGAUACCUAAUGCAUUAACUAAUGUAAACAAAUGGAACCUUUUUGUAAUUAUUUACAUUAUUCAAUACCAUGUUUAACGACUCGCUCCAUAUCGCAGUUGCUUUGUGUUAAUGUCAGAGGGAGCAUAUUGUGAAAGAGAACUUGCUUGUAGACACAUCUUAAAUGUAUCUUGUUUAUCUUAUCAAGAUUUUGGUGCAUUUCAAAAUUGCUUUCUGUUGUCUUUUUAUUGUUUCGGCUCCUCCUUUAACCUGAUUAUCUUGUAUAUUGAUAUUUUAUUG